AUGUACCAGUACAGUAAGGUAAGGGCGACCGCACACUCGGAAGACCCCAGUAAUCAUGUGAUAGACCCGCGACACAAGAACUCAAUAACGGGCCGACAAUAUAAUGAAAUUAAUGUAAACCUACGUAAGAAACAGCGCCGUCUGGUCAGAGAUAAUCCGGGUGUUCUGAAAGCGUUAGCAAAGGCCAAGAAAAUGGCAAUUAAUGAGUGCCAGAAUCAGUUCAAAGACAGGCGUUGGAAUUGUCCCACAACUGACUAUAUGAAAGGCAAAAGUAUUUUUGGCAAAAUUAUUCAGAAAGGGUGCAGAGAGACGGCAUUUGUAUACGCGAUCACGAGUGCGGCGGUGGCACAUGCCAUAGCCCGGGCCUGUAGUGAAGGUUUGAUCGAGACGUGUACGUGUGACUACAGAAACAACCGGCGCCCCAAUGGUCUGGACUGGGAGUGGGGCGGGUGUUCCGAUAACAUAGAGUUCGGCUAUAAGUUCGCCCGGGCUUUCGUCGACGCGGCCGAGAGGGGCCGAGACCUCCGAUUCAUUAUGAAUCUCCAUAACAACGAAGCCGGCCGUCUGGUGAGUCUGUCCUACCUGUAUAUCUACCUGUAUCAAUAUCCACAAUCACUACCUGUAUAUCUGUUUGUUAUAAAUGUGUUUUUACUAUCAAUCGCGAGGUUUUACAUGUUAUCAAAACUAAUCGAAAGCCAAACAAAGUUUACUACUUAUGUAUUGGACAGGGAGCACAUGGAGUAUAUACUCAGUGAAUACAUGUUUCCUGUUGAGUACCACAAAGAGAAGACUAACGAUCCAAACACUAAAAACACU